CAAUUAUAUCAUAUAAGCGUUUUAUGGUUAUGCUUAUCCUUACGUGAAGACGCUAAAGUCGUAUUUGGAGCUAAAAUUCCGGAAGGCUAGAAACCGCGCGUUGCUGUUACGGCUUGUUUUUCGCGGAAAAGGCGUGAUCCACAUGACGGCGGCCCUCGCAUGCCCCACUAGUUUUGUUACUUUUAUGAUCGAGCGCAAUGGCGGACGACGAGGAACUUGACGUUGACGAAGGGAACAAGAUGAGGCAGCCAUUAGAGGGUCAGCUGUACAAGUAUACAAACGUUGUCAAGGGAUGGCAGUACAGGUGGUUCGUGCUGAACCCGGACAUUGGAAUGUUAGAAUACUACAUGUUAGAUGAAGUAAAGAAGGGCAAACCUCGCGGAGCAGUUCAUCUUGCGGGGGCCGUCAUUUCGCCAAGCGAUGAGGACGGCCAGAUGUUCACCGUCAGCGCGGCCUGCGGAGAAGUGUACAAAUUAAGAGUGGUGUCCUGCGGACGUUCCCGUUUUCCAGGCCAAGACGCUAAGGAGAGGCAGUUUUGGAUCAACAGGCUACGCAAGGUCGCUGAAGACCACACUAAGACAAUAGCUCAGAAAAACCCUCCACUACUGCCGCGGGAAAUCCGUAGUCCCCACGAAGGCGUGGUACCUCAGGACAAGGGAAGCGGGACCGGUCCGGGAGCGAGCUCGCAGACGGUGUGGUAUACGACUGGCAUGGGCGGCCACACGGAGGCGAGUGCGACUCCUGCCGAGGCCUUCUCCUCGGUUCGGGAGAUACUCGCUCGUGCUGGGAAGCUCUACUACAACCUGGCUCAGUCCAUCGAGAGCCUCCCAAGCCACGGGCCUGGUUUUAAGUAUUACGACAAGGACAUGCUAUUGCUAAAAGCAACGUCGUGUGCCACAGUCAUGUGCCUGGAGCAGUGCCUCAGCAUCCUUCAAGAAAGCAAGGCGAACUUCAAUCCCUCUGGCUUGCCUGUGAAUUCCUCGGUCGAAUGGUUGGAGCCAUCGCAUUGCAGCGACAGCGCACCGGAUGGCAGUGGCAGCGAACACGGCUCCUCUUCUUGUAAGCUGGGCCACACAGCAACCGCUUCGGGCAGCUGCUUGGCUGGCCCAGUAGGGGACGCGAACAACUCUGGCGAGGUACCUGACGAAGAUGAGAGCAUCGACGAAGACGCCUCAUUACCGACGGAAGAGAACAAGGACGCCAUACUGCAACUGCUGUCUACACUAAAGCUUGGCAUGGACCUUACAAAGGUGGCACUUCCAAGCUAUGUUCUAGAGCCCAGAUCACUUCUUGAAGUGUACGCCGACUUCAUGAGCUACCCUCACAUGUUCCUGAGGGUAGCGGAUGGCGAAACACCUGAGGAGAGGCUGGUGAUGGUUACAGAAUGGCUGCUGUGUUCACUCUAUGCAACACGCAAGAGCCGGUCUGCCAGAAAACCAUACAACCCCGUGCUUGGCGAGAUGUUUCACUGCUCUUGGCAAGUGGCCGGUGUCAGUGACGUCGGUACGCAAGUCACCUUUGUGGCGGAGCAGGUCUCCCAUCACCCACCAGUUAGUGCCUUCUACGUGGAGUGCCUGGAGAAGCAGAUGUGCCUUGAAGCAUCACUUGGCAUUAAAUCUAACCUCAUGGGAAAUUACGUGGGGCUGCAGUUCAUGGGUGAAGUGGAGCUACGCCUGUUGAACUUGGGUGAAGUGUACAGUAUUGGACUGCCCACCAUGUAUUGGCGGUCCUUGCUCAGCGAACCGUACAUUGAGCUGGGUGGUCGAGUCACAGUUGCAUGCGGUGAUGCCGUUGCACCCAUAACAUUCCACACAAAGCCGUUCUAUGGAGGCAAGCUGCACUGUGUCUCUGGCGAAGUCAAAUCUGCCACAGGUGAGAUGGUGUGCAAGGUCUCGGGCGAGUGGGACACGAAACUGGAGCUGCAGUACACGGAUGGGCGCUCUAAGGAGUGGAACAUCUCAGAAUUGAAGCGGCAACCGAAGCGCUGUCGACCCAUCGACUCUCAGGACAACUUCGAGUCACGGCGUCUGUGGCAGCCCGUCACCCAAGCGCUGCGCUCUGGGAAUACAGUGCUGGCAUCCCAUCACAAGUGCCAGAUUGAAGAGAGAUUGCAUGAGCAGUCGUGUGGAAAGGGGGAUCCUGAGCAAGGAGAGAUGGCGCAGCAGACGCAUGAUGCCAAGCUUUUCCGACUUGAAGGAAAUGUCUGGAAGUACAAGUACCCUCUGGGAAAACCAAGCUAGUCUUCACAAAACCUGCGGACGAAAGGGAAUCACAGGGCAUCCCGCACAGGUGCUACAGAACGAUGAGAAGAGGCACUGCAGCAGGUCGUUGACAGCGACAAAACCGCGAGAUGCUUCCUUGUAGGCAAACAUCCAAACCUCCCCUGCACAGAGCAGCAGCGCUAACCCUUCGCAAGGAUCAGGCCUGGCUGUCGAAUUGCGGAGUGCGGAGUGGACUGCUCAUUCAGAGUUGUUCGGGCUGCUUGUGUGACCACGGAGACGAUGUCAUCCGUUUCGCCAUGUAAAAAAAGAAAGUGACGCUCUUUUUCCUUUAAAACUGCGUGAUCACUGCAGGUAUAUUGUACAAUAAUAACACAGGAAAAUGUGAGUAUUGUAAUAUGACUAUGUAUUUUGAAAACGAAAAUUUUUAUUAAGAAAAUAAAUGAAUAAAACAAUUUUGCAACGAAA